CUAACCUCACUGUACGCUUGAGUGGUUCCAAAUCUGUCUGAUGAACUCUCCGUGCUUCUUCCUGAUGCAUCCUGAAAACAUUCCUCAGCAGGAGUCAUUGAGCCUGCGGACUUCUGCCGACUUCUGCUGAAAGGAGGGUUGGUUCCUAAUUUCAGCCUGGGGACCUCUGGUUGAUAGCGCACGCUGUCCCACUGUGCCUGCCUCCCCCCAGGCCGGGCAGGGAUCAAUGAGCUCCGGCAAGCGCUUUGGCGCCAGGGUCUGUCCUAGGCAGGGACCAGCAGUGGACUCUGCCCCCUUUCCUCUGGCCUCCCUUGGUCCUGUGUGUCUGUUAUGACCUAUGCUCGUGACUGGCUGCCCCGUGGAGCUGCUGACCGUCUGUCUGGGUGGUGGUGGCAGCCUUGGUCCUCCUGGGUCCGGGUGCGAUAGAGGCCUGCCCAGCCUGCCCUUGACAUCAGAGGGGCCCAGUCCGAGGCUGUGGACACCACUGCUGCGCUUGGUGGGGACGUGCUCAAGAUGCAUGCAGUGUGACACCAAGUUCGACUUCAUCACCAGGAAGCACCACUGCCGGCGCUGCGGAAAGUGCUUCUGCGACAGGUGUAGCAGCCAGAAGGUGCCGCUGCGGCGCAUGUACUUCGUGGACCCCGUGCGGCAGUGCGCCGAGUGCGCCUUGGUGUCCCUGCGUGAGGCCGAGUUCUACGACAAGCAGCUCAAGGUGCUCCUGAGCGGAGCCACCUUCCUUGUGACUUUCGGAAACUCAGAGAAACCUGAAACCAUGGUUUGUCGUCUUUCCAGCAACCAGAGAUGCUUGAUUCUGGACGGAAACAGCCACUAUGAAAUUGAAAUCGCACACAUCUCCACAGUGCAGAUUCUCACCGAGGGCUUUGCUCCCGGAGGAGGCAACGCCCGGGCUGCAGGCAUGUUCCUGCAGUACACCAUGCCAGGGUCGGAAGGCGCCGCCCAGCUGAAGCUGAUGGCUGGGGAGGAUGCGAACGCCAGCAAGAGGCCGGCUGCAGCAUGGCUGGCAGCAAUGCACAAGGUACUGCACCUGGGCAGCGGGGGGACUGGGCCACACGGCUCCUGACAAGGACCCAUGCUUGGCCACGCCAGUACAGAACCUGCCUGUCGUGCUUUGCGUUGCUCACUGUUGACCAUCUCGCAGGCCACCAAGCUCCUCUAUGAAUCUCGGGACCAGUAGCUCACGUAGAGCGGCCCCUGGAGCGUCUGGUCACUGGGACCAAGCUGCUUGUCUCACUGGGCACCCCUGGCUGACCCUGCUUGUGCUGGAGAUGCAGUUCAAGUAUUCAGAGAUGCAAAGUGUUCACUUAGUGCAAUACGUACAGUUUAUUAACGCUUUCAACGGCUUCUUCUUUAGUUGUCUGUUACCCUGUUGGUACCUAACUGGAGGUGGGAGGGAUGGAGCUGCACUACUGUGGAACAUGUGCCGUCUCUGAGUUCUGGGGUCACUCGAGGACUGGCCCAGCAGGGUCCUCACGACUUCCCCAGGACCAUGCCUGUGGGAGGCUGAGCCACCGCGCGAUGGCUGGUCCAGCACUAACUGGGAGCUGCGAGCAACCCUGUACCUUCACUACAUGGAAGGCACCAGCGCUGUUUUCUGCUUUUCACUUAUUCUCUUUAUUAAAAUGGUGGUAGAGCAAUUUGUAUAUGAAGCAUACAAUUAAAACCUAUUUUGAAAA